CGCGCAGGAAAACUUCCGGAGGUUUCUGUCUGCCGCGAGUCUGAGAAAUGAUGUUUGAAAUGAAAUCUAAUCGUUUCUUCACAUCGAUGGAAAAUCUACCACGCGGCUGAUUUGAGUAUGGAGCUUUCAGCUUUACUUCAUGACCUUCAUCUCCACCCCUCUUCCUCUGCAGAGAAGCCCCUCCCCUCUCCAUUUCUUCCUCCAAUCACAGAGCUCCUGUCUCGGUUGCAGGAGAAACUGAUUGGUGCAUCCUCAGACUCUGAAACGAGCUCUCUGAUUGGUCGUGUGGAGUAUCUCUUUCAAACCGCAGAUCCCCAUUGGCUGUUCUCUCCACACUCCACCAAUCAUGAAUAUGGGUGGGCGGAGCUUCAGGCGGCAUACAGGUCUCUGGUCAGCGCUCUGAUUGGCUGUGCAGCUCUGCCGCUCUGUGAGGACGACUGCAGCUCUCUGCCCGCCGCAGCCUAUCAGAGCGUCCCAACCCGAGCUGUACCAGUAUGCUCCGCCCUCACAGUGCUGCUGGGAACUCUGGGAAAAGGCGGCGGUCAGACUGGUCUGCUGCUGACUGUAGCCCCAUCGGUCUGUGUGUUCGCUGUCACUCAUUUCCAGGAUCAGGUGUGGACCAGCUCCUCCUCCAGAGCGGCGGCUCAGAGCCUGCAGGAGGCGCUGCUAAGGGCAGGGGGCUGGAGAGACUCCCCCCACCUGCUGAUCGGGGACAUGAGUCAGGAGGACGAGGAGAACAGAGGAAUUGUGGGAGGAAUCCUGGACAUCCUGCAGCCUCAGCUGACCAAGGACUCGUGGCAGCGGUGUGAAGCAGUGAAGUUGGUGUUUGCGUGGACUCUCCUGCAGGUUACUCGCCCCUCUCUCUCCCCUCACCUGCUCCGCCUCCUCCCCCCCUCCCUUCUCCUUAGUGACCACUACAGACCAGAGAACUGCAUGCUGGGAGUUCGCUGUCUGCACCACAUCGUGCUGAACACGCCUGCUGCAGAUCUACGUCAGUUCAACAGAGCUGAAGUUCUCUACCAGGCGUUGUUCAAACACCUGUACACCACAGAGGCUGCUGUCAUCCAGUCCGUCCUGUCCUGUCUGUUGGACUUGUUGGCGGUUUUAGAGAAGCCCCCCUCCUCGCUCGCCCCCUCCUCCUCCCGCAGGAAGCCCUGUCGCCAUGACGACGUGCUGCGUCUGGUCCUGACGCACAUGGAGGCGGAGCACAAGGUGGCGCUGCGACAUGUCUACGCCUCCGCUCUGCCUCCGUUUGUAGACAGGAUGGGCGUGGCCGUGUGCAGACACCUGCGGCAGGUGGAGCGGGUGGUGCUGGGAUACCUGGAGGUCAGAGAUCCACCUGAAGAGACGAGUCGACUGAAGAUCCUGGAGGUGCUGCAGAAAACCACCAGAGCAGCCUGGCCCCGGAUGGCCUGUCGUGUUGACGUGUUGCUGCGUUGCUUGUUGAAGUUGCUGCUCGAUGUUUCUUCUGACUCUCUCCUCGGUGACUCGCUCAGACAGAAGCUGAUGAAUCAAACGGCUCUCUGCAUCAAACUGCUGGACGGCUGCUCACACGGAAAACUGCAGCCUCUCCUCCAGCAGGUCGACAGCAGCUGUUGCAGCUCUGAGGUGCUCGGUUGCCUGGCGUCAGUAACUAUGAGGACAGAGAGGUGAUGUGCAGCUACCUGGAACACCUGGAAGUCAGACUGUCACACACACAACAUGAGUGCACACAGAGCGAGGAGGAGGAGGAGGAGGAGGAGGAGUGGUGAAGAGAAACAAGGCUUCAUCGCUGAGACGAGUUUCAACACCGGAAGUUUAAUUCAAAGAUAAAAGUGACGUGUUUUAUAGAGGCGUCGUGUUGUGUUCACAGACCUCAGACAUUUUUGGCUUCUCAUCACAAACGCUGAUGUUGCAUUCAAGUCAUGUGGGAGUUACUGCAAUCAGGGGUUCAACAAGGCUGUCUCUUUCAAACAGAAUAUUCGUGUUAGCAGAGAAAAGGCUUCAGGGACGAGGUUCAGUCCUGUCGGACUGAUCAAUGCUUUACUGCGAUCAGAUGAUUCUCGUGAAGUGAUAUCUGCAUUUUGAUUGGCUGUUGCAUAAUUCAAAUGCAUAGAGUUGAGAUUUAAAGUUCAUUCUAACCUCAAACAGCAGCUGUAAAAACAAACGUUCUGGUUCUGAAACUUCUGAUCCUCCCACACUGUUUUCAUCAGCACGUGGUCCUUUAAAGGUUUCAGCCAUGAGUUAACCUGCGACUGUAAACGCAGCACGGAUUAAAAAUCCUCUGAUCUCUGAUAACCAGGCGAGUCCAUGUCCUGAUCGAAAGCUCCAGAACAUCUACCAAAAGGACUUCAUGUGUCUGAUGCUGAAUGUUUGAACUGCUGUCAGCGUGGGAGCAGCGAGUCCAGCUGGUCCAGUCUGUGUCUCAGUUCCUGUAGACUCUCUUCAGUCUCCAGUCGUCUCACCUUCAGCGCCUCCUGCUGGUCCCACAAACUGCAGCGCAGACGAGCCUGGACGCAGAACAACACACACUCGGUUCAGUAUCACACACCAGCUGACGCUGUCCUCUCCAGAGACACACAUUUCAGAUGGACACCAGUUUCAUGUCUGUGUGCCCAAUGAAGACGUAGUUCAGGAUGUGUUUAGCCUAGCUUAGCACAAAGAGUGGAAGCAGAGGGAUCCUGUUAGCCUAGCUCCAUCAGAAGAGAAAAAAAUCCACCUUCCAGUGGCUCCAGGUCUGCGUGAGCUCUACAGGUGUACACAGUGUGGUUUUAGCAGCACUUUAGCAUUGAAGCUAUGUGUUGACCAUGAAGCUGUGGGAGCAGUGACUAACUUCACCUGGACGGAGCUAGGCUAACAGUUUCCCUCUGCUUCCAGUCUUUGUGCUAAGCUAGGCUAAACACGUCCUGGAUCUAUGUCAGUGAACUGAAACAUGUGACUGCGAGGCAGACAGACAGCCGAAAAAUCAAAGUUCAGUAGAAGAGUGAAUGAAAGUGACUGAAGACAGACUGGAUCAGCUGGAUCUCAUCAGGUCAAACAUCUGGAUCAUCUGUUUUAAAUUAAUCACCAUGAACUGUUCCAGUUAUUUGUCUGAUAACAGAAUCAAUCGAUCGAUCACUCUGGUUUCAGUGUCUCACUCCUGAUUUGCUGCUGAAUCUCUGGUUCAUUAACAUUCAUUCAUGUUUCUUAUCAAAGUGAAUAAACGUUGUUUACCUUCA